AUGGUCAGGCGUUGGUCGCGCUCUGUGUCCAAUUUUUAUGCUCUGAUUGGUCAAAAUGUGACAGGUGAGUUCAUGCGGAAAAUUUAUGCAGCAUCUUGAAACUUGUUUACUUUGACAGCUGAAGCUGACAGAGUUUGUGUCGACUUGUGAUGUUUUUAACUGUCUUUUCCACUGGACGUACAAAAUGAAAUACAGCUGCUAUCAAGAGUCUUCUGUUAUUCAUAGCUGGUUUGUUUAUUGGGUUUUUCUUUGAGAAAUGCAUCGCUUAUGAAAGUCGGAAAUCCGAUUUUGGAUGGCAUCGUUUUCGUUUUUCACCUUGCUUGAUCCGACUAUUAAAGAGGGUGCAAAACUCUCAAGCGAUUCUGGCCUUACUUGAUAGCUUUCAGGGGCUGCAUCUCGAAUGGUGAGCCUGAGUUAUAUAUAAAUUUCAUGAAGUCAAGCGCAGUUUAUGCGGCUGGUUUAUGCACGUUUUUAAGAUUUGAGACAAUGAUCUGACCGAGUAUCAGGUUUGAUUUAAAAUUACAGAAAUUUAUAAAGCCUUUAGAUAUAUUUUCUCACCGUAAAUAGAAAGAAAACGUUCCGAGGAAUAUUUAGUUAUAAUUUGGCCGAAGAAAGAAAGCUUUGAGCGAAUUUCUUGCCUCGAGUUCAUUUUUGAAAAGAGCAAGCAUCGGGAAGCCGGCUUAGAACAUAAACUUUUGACUCAGGAUUUUUAGGCACUUUUAUAAUGCUUGUCUUCGUGAAUGAAAAUUGUUGUCUCUGUAAAGAUCUGUAAAUUUUUCACCGAUUGUGAUUAGUAGUCUCUCUUGCAAUUUUAAUCGCUGUUCCGUUUGUUUUCAGUCGUUCAUGAACAUAGUUGGCAAGAGUACUCAAAAUGCGAGCGUAUUAAACGAUCUUUAAGAUUACACGUCGUUAUAGAACCACUAAAUAAAAAGUAAACAUAAUAAAUUCGUGACUAUGUUGAAGCGUAACUCUAAUAAUGUUCAUUUAAACACUCCUACACAGCUCCCACUGCAAAUUUGGCGCUUGUCAAAGUGAGAACCGGCUGGCCGUAUAGGUGAUUUUGGAUUUUUUUUAAACGGUCUGGCGAAAGGCCCACGAUUGAUCAUCCUGAAUAUUGAAUGAGUGCAAUUUGUCUUGAAAAAUUGUGAAAUACUGCAUCCUAGGUUUGUAUGAUAAAUACAGCGUCUCAUAGUACUGUUUCACCUUAGGUGUGAUGCACUGAAAAGUAUAAGACGGAGUCCCCGAUUGGUGCGGCUUAGGGGAAGUAGAUUGAUGCCUGUCAAUCAACUUUCAGUCUAUAUUGCUUAGUCCGUUUUCGUUUGUAUGCAACUGCGGGAAAGAAUUAUUCUGAAUUCAGAAAUGGCGGACGUAAGAGCGAUUUUUAACUCUACUGUCGAAACAAGUCUUUUGGAAUUGCUGGGAGUGUCGCGUGUAUUACGCAAUGAGAAAGUCAACGCGAUUUCUACACUGGCAUCAAGACAAGAAUUACUCGCAGUGCUAACCCCACUUUUACCUCAGGCCAAAAUGCUGCUUGUUCCAAUAGGUUUUUUUUUUCGAUUAUACUCUGGAGGGUUCAAUGUUUUGACAAAGCAAAUGUGAUUUUAGCCAUUUGUUUCACACUGAGAGGUCAUGACACGCUUAUUGAUUUCUUGUGGUUUCUGAAUUUCUGGUCGGCAUGAUUUGCCCUCUGAUGCAAGAGCAUUUUCUUUGACCUCUUUCGAAGCGUAAAGCUCUUUCUUGUGGCUCAACAAGUAAGGCUUUUAGGUCCUUUAUUUUUGUCCAAAGUGCCUCAGGAUCUGAAUAACUAAUCGAUUUUCUUCUAGUCCCUGAAUGUGUUCCUGCAAUGUUGUAUCACGCUGGGUCCAGCUCGUUAGUGUUGUUGCAAAAGCAUUUUCUUUGACCUCUUUUGAGGUCAAAGGCUUUUAGGUUUUUUAAUUUUCUCCAAAAGAGAAAAUGAGAGAGACUUUCUUGAUUUGCCUUUAGUAGCCGACGUGGAACCUUCGAUCGAGGGUGACUUAGCUGCUCGCGAAUUGACGCGGAUGGAUUUUGAUUUUCUCCAUGCUGGUCUGGCUUUGUCCAACGUGUAAUGAGUAUGCUUGCUGCUCUUAACCGGGGUACUUGCCGUGGAUGUAAUUACAGCUUUGAUGAACUGGUAAAACUGGCCCAAGUUAUGAAUGUUCCGGCCACAUUGGGUUACAGACCCGAUCAGAAUAUUGCAUGAAAUGAACAAACUGCAAUCCAACUUCUUUUCAACUAUCGGCUUACACAACCGCAAAGCACUCUUUUUGUUGUGAUGGCCUGAACAGAUUUUCUGAGAAGAAUGGCCUUGCUUUCCAAGAUUGCUUCCAAAUUUAACUUUAAACGAAGUCGCACAUAACCUACAAUAAUCACUGACACUCGAAUCAGACGACAACACUCUCCUUCCCGUAAACUAGCAGCUUGCAUAAUGUACACUACAGAUGUGUUUAUUUUUAUUUUAUCGAAGUGAAGAGAGCGGUGCAAUAGUUCUUCAGUGUUGAUUGGUCGGCUACUCAUUUCCGGAACAGCGGUCAAGCGCGACUAAUUAGGGGGUGUUUCUCAUUUUCACAGUGUUUUCGUGCAGGCGUUUCCUCUUCUCUCUCCCCGCCCCCUAGCCCGCUCCUUUUGACUCGCCCAAUUUUCUCCCCUCUUGUAGAGUUUCAACAUGCGCUUUCACAAGCAAAACAUUCGCGCGCCCGAAGAAAACGCCUGCACUGCAGGCUAGGUUAAUACUCUCUCCCAUAUUUGUUGGCAAGAUUUUGUAAAGAACUUGUCGAUCACAAAUAAUUCGGCCUGAAUGUGAUCGAAGAUGAUUGGUAUUUUGGGGUGUAAGAUGUUUCACUCUUAAAUCACUUAGCCUUUCCCUCAAAUUAAGUCACAUGAAUGUGCCCUUAUAAUAAGUUAACUGGUUUGUGGAUUACAGGUUUGUUUGAUUUAAAUUAUAAAUGUAUUAAUGAAAGCUUCAGUUCUAGACCUGGCUAAAUCUAUAUAUUAAGUAAGAGAAGCAAAAGAGAAGGCUGGGGAUACGUCAGCUCUUUCGAUUUUCCCUCGUUAAUUUUCAGGAGAGAUAAAAACAAACCACUAGGGAUUAGUCAACUCUUUCAAUUUUUCAAUCUACUCUUGGUUUGAUACCUGUUGAAAAGAUAUUUUAAGAACGAUACCUGACUGGUCGUUUCGGAUGACUUCAUGUACUUAAGUACUGGUUUGAGUAAUACACGAAGCGUAAUAAGCACAAACAAGAUGGUUAGCCACGGAAAAUAGCAUACAGCCUUAAUUGUAGCCUGCGAACGGCAGACGUUUCUCCUCGCUCAUGCCGCUGAGGGACGUUUCGCGAAACGUCCCUCAGCGGCGAUGAACGAGGAGAAACGGCUGCCGUUCGCAGGCUACCUUAAUUGCUGUUUUUUGUAAACUUGGUGCUCAAACCAUGCAGCUUUAAGGGUUGCUAAGCGAUAUCUUGAGUCUGGAUGGUAACCGAGAUCACUCGUUCGUGUACUAGAAGAGUGACCUUUACAGCGUGAGUGCGAACUAAAAAUUCAUUGAUAAAAAUUUCGAUGGCGCAUGGGUGUCCUCUCUUAUACCUAAGCUUCCCAUGUCAGCAAGAGAGGGCGUCUGUUAACUUCAUCAGAACUUACAUGGGACUACGCGGACAUUAUACUCGAAGCGAAAGACUAAGAAAAAAACCUGUUUGUUAGGCUACAUUGAAUGCCCUUAUUUUGUCAAGACAAAAAUUGGCAAAAAUCGCGUUUUGGUCUUUUUCACCAGAAUUUAUUUCGUAUUUUUCUCAGAUUAAUGUAAUUCUCAAAAGAUUCUAACUUGUUUUUAAGUUUUACAUUUAUCUUCUUUUCUUUUUCAAUUUAAGGGAACUUUCAAAGGAAGGCUUGAAGCCUACAACCAGGACCUCGUGAUGUGGAUGUGUUUUGAAGGAGAAGUCCAAUUUCCCUGAAAUUCCAAACAGAGGGCUUGAUGUCAAAAGAUCUGCCUUUUACUUAAUUUUGUAUGAACCUUUGUUUUUCGCAAUCUAAUAAAGACCCC